AGACACAUAUAUACAUAUUUUACUUAUAGUCGCUAUAUAAACUGAAACAAAUCGCGAACUCAUCAGUCAAUUGCGAAUUAUACGGAGUCUCUGCUUUUCAGUUGUGUUUCACUAAUAAAAUGAGAAUGGAAUCGGAUUUGGAAACAUUCUAUAAGAAUAAAACAAUAUUUCUAACUGGUGCAAGUGGAUUUUUGGGCAAAGUAAUUGUUGAGAAGCUCUUGCGGGCAACAGAGACUAAACGCAUUUAUAUACUGGUUCGGCCCAAGCGGGAUCAGGAUAUAAAAACUAGAAUUGCAAAAUGGCAAAGUGAUCCGCUGUAUAAAUUGCUAUUGGAAAACAAACCGAAUGCAUUUGAGCGCAUUGCGGUUAUUGCGGGGGAUUGCCAAGAGCCGGACUUGGGCAUCAGUGCAGAGGAUUGCGAGCUACUCUAUGGCGAAGCAGAGAUUGUAAUUCAUAGCGCGGCGACUGUCAGUUUCACGGAGCCAAUGCAUAUUGCCUUGGAUGUGAAUACGCGGGCCACGCGCCUAAUGCUGCAGUUAGCCAAGAAAAUGCGUAAUCUCUUGGCAUUUGUGCAUGUGUCCACGGCCUUUUCCAACUGCGUCAUCUAUCACAUUACUGAACGCUUCUAUCCGGAGCAUCUGAAGAGUACAGCGAGCAAGAUCUUAAUGCUGCGUGACCAGCUAGAAGGCAAUGCCAUAGAUAGCAUCACGACAGAAAUGUUGGGCAAGUUUCCCAAUACCUACACUUAUACGAAAGCUUUGGCCGAGCAGCUUGUGGAGACGGAGGCGCAAGACUUGCCCAUAUGCAUAUUUCGUCCAGGCUCAAUUAUUGCCACAAGCAAGCAGCCCGUGUCCGGCUGGAUAGAUAACAUCUAUGGACCCAUAGCGCUGAUCUAUGGCGUGGCAUUUGGUGUGCUGCGUGUCGCCACUGCCAUUGACAAUGGCAAUUUCAUUGUUGUGCCCGUGGACAGCUGUGCAAACAUGGUGCUCUGCAGCGCCUGGCGCACUGCAGCCGAGUUCAAGGAACGUCAGCAGCGAAGAUCACCCCCAACUAUCUAUAAUUAUGUACCCCAUGAGAGCAAUAUGAUACAACAGCGUGAUUUCAAGAGAAUGGUUGAAGACAAGAGAUUCGUUUAUCCUGUCACACAGGCAAUUUGGUAUCCGUUCUUGCACACAACCUCCAAGCUUUGGUUGUUCCGGCUUGCUUCAAUAUUUUAUCAUUUAAUACCAGGCUUCCUUGUUGACGUAGGACUACGCCUGCGGGGCCAAAAGCCGCGCCUGCUUAGAACCUACAAAAAGAUACACUCCAACAUCGAGUCCAUAUAUUCAUUUACGGUCAACAGUUGGAGCUUCGAGACGCACAACACGGACGCACUAUGGAAAAGCUUGUCCGAACGCGACCGUCAGCUAUUUGAAUUCGAUAUGAAGUCCCUGGAUUGGAAUAGUUACUUUAACCGCGCUCUCUGUGGCAUGCGCACCUAUCUGGCCAAGGAUGAUCCAAGCGAAGAGUCACUGCAGCGUGCGCGUAAAAGAACCAUGCGAUUCUAUAUACUUCAUCGACUGUUGCAGUUUGUGCUGCUUUGCAGUGCAUUUGCAAUUGUACGCUGGUUAUUCAAAUCUGCAAUGUUUUCUCUUAAAUAACAUGCUUAUAAUAAAAUAUACUUAAACGGUCUUAUAAAAAGUCUUAUAAAGAGUUAUUGGUUAAUUAAAGAUUUAAUACUAAGCCAACCCA